AUGAGUGUAGUAGGGUUUGAUAUUGGAAAUGAGAAUUGUGUAAUUGCUGCAGUGAAGCAAGGUGGGGUUGAUGUUUUGUUGAAUGGUGAAUCAAACCGUGAAACCCCUGCAAUCGUUUGCUUUGGAGAGAAGCAACGGUUUUUUGGGUCUGCUGGGGCUGCUUCUGCAAUGAUGCACCCGAAAUCGACAGUAUCUCAAGUCAAGAGACUAAUAGGACGGAGAUUUGAUGACCCUAAUGUUCAAAAUGACCUAAAAAAGCUCCCUGUUGAAACUUCCGAAGGUCCAGAAGGGGGAAUUUUGAUCCACUUGGAAUACUUAAAGGAGGAUCAUAAGUUUAUGCCAGUUCAAAUAUUAACAAUGCUCUUUGCUCAUUUGAAGACUAUAGCUGAAAAUGAUCUGGGGACCUCUGUUUCAGAUUGUGUUAUCGGAGUUCCAUUAUACUUCACUGACUUGCAGAGACGAGAAUAUCUCGAUGCGGCAACAAUUGUUGGGUUGAAUCCUUUGAAGUUGAUUCAUGAUUGCACUGCAAUAGGUCUUGGUUAUGGUGUUUACAAAACAGAUUUUCCUGAUGGAGAUCCUAUUUAUGUUGCCUUUAUUGACAUUGGCCACUGUGAUACUCAGGUCGCUAUUGCAGAAUUUCAAGCCACAAAAAUGAAGAUUCUUUCACAUACUUUCGAUAGUAGCUUAGGGGGUAGAGACUUUGAUGAGGUUCUAUUUAGACAUUUCGCAGAAACAUUUAAGGAACAGUACGACAUUGAUGUGUAUUCUAACGACAGAGCUUGUAAUAGGCUGCUUGCGGCGUGUGAGAAGUUGAAGAAAGUUUUGAGUGCAAAUUUAGAGGCACCUCUUAACAUCGAGUGUUUGAUGGAUGAAAAAGAUGUUAGUGGAUUUAUCAAGAGGGAAGAAUUCGAGAAUUUGGCUUCAGGGUUAUUGGAGAGAAUUUCUAUUCCUUGCAAUAGAGCAUUGGCUGACGCGGGCUUGAGCGUUGAUAAGAUUGAUUCUGUCGAGUUAGUUGGUUCAGGUUCAAGAAUUCCAGCUAUAACUAGAUUAUUAACCUCUCUAUUUGAGAAAGAACUCAGCCGAACGCUGAAUGCAAGCGAAUGUGUAGCUCGCGGUUGUGCUCUUCAAUGUGCAAUGCUCAAUCCUGUUUCCCGUUUCAAAGAAUACGAGGUCGAGGAUUCGACUCCUUUUUCUAUUGGACUUUCCUCGGACGAAGGUCCAAUUUGUGAAAAAUCAAAUGGUAUACUUUUCCCAAAAGGUGAACCAAUUCCAAGUUCUAAAACUAUUACGUUACAGGGCAGUAAUUUGCUUCGUUUGGAAGCUUUCUAUCCUAUUCUACAUGAAUUACCAAUGGGGAUAUCUCCUAAAAUUAGUUCCUACACGAUUGGUCCUAUACAUGAAUCCGAUGGAAGUAAGGCAGGAGUUGAAGUUAUAUUUCAACUAAAUCUGAACGGCAUUGUCAAUAUCGAAUCAUCUACAGUAAGUAAGAAGCCUAAUUUUAAUCUCUCAAUAUUACAUUAUCAGUUUUCUAAGAUAUCUAGUGAUGUACAUGAACCUUUAAUUUAUCUUCAGUUGAUCGAGGAUCAUGUGGAAGAUUCUGUUACAACGCGUGAUAAUCAUUCAAAUUCUGACGCAAUGGAUGUUGAGCCCAUUUCCGAGACAGAUCAAAAUGUCAAUGAACAUAGUAUCAAUCAGAAGAGUGAACCUCCACAUAGUUCUUCUGAUGGUACAGGAAAAGAUAAAGCUAACAGAAGGCUUAAUUUACCAGUGAGUGAGACCAUCUUCGGUGGAAUGACCGGUGCUGAACUCGUGGAAGCACGAGAAAAAGAACGUCAGUUAAUCCAGCAGGAUGUAGCAAUGGAGUUAACCAAAAACAAGAGGAACACUUUGGAGUCAUUCGUCUAUGACACGAGGAAUAAGCUCUUAAACGAAUACCGUAAUUUUGCAAGUGAACAAGAGAAGGAUGAAAUAUCCAGGAACCUCGAAGAGACUGAGAAAUGGCUUUAUAAUGAAGGAAAUGAAGAAACAUUACAUACUUAUUUUGAAAAACUCGAAGAUCUAAAACAGCUGGUGGAUCCAGUCGACAACCGGUACAAAGACGAAGAAGCAAGAGUGCAAUCUACAAGAGAAUUAUUAGGUAGCAUCGUUGAGCAUCGCAUGUUUUUUCCAGAUGAGAUUCCACCUGAAACUAAAGAGAAGAUCAUCGAAGAGUGUAACAAAGCAGAAAAAUGGCUAAGAGACAAGAGGCAACAUCAAGAUGCUUUGCCUAAGUGCGCUGAUCCAGUAUUUUGGUCAAGGGACAUCGAUAGCAGGACACGAGAAUUAAACUUAGCAUGCCAAAAGAUAUUGGGAACAAAGGGUUCUACAGUUCCUCCAGAAGACAAAGAGUAAGACAAGCAGAAUACUUCUAAGCAUCGAUGAAGACAAUGAUGAUGUGAUGUCAUGUGAACUGAACUUUUCAUUAGCUGUUAACU